GCCAAGCUAUUUAGGUGGUACCAACACGUACGUCCGCAGUCACUCCUCUUUACUCCUCUUCUUCUUCUCUGCAUCUCAUAAUUCUUCUAUUUCAAUCACAAUUCGCAAAGAUGAAGCUCGCGGUGUUUAGCUCCAAACCUUAUGACAAACGCUACAUCGAGGCGGCUCGUAGCGCUGCGGCUGCCAGAGGUGCUGCAGCUGCUGCGACUCGUCCCGCGUCGGCGGAUAUCGAGAUUGUUUUUCAUGAAUUCGCUCUGGAGGAAGAUACGGUUAUCCUCGCAAAGGGAGCAGACGCAAUCUGCGCCUUUGUCAAUGACACUCUUUCGGCACCCGUGAUUGAAGCCCUGGCAAAGGAGGGCGUCAAGGCGAUUCUGCUGCGCUGCGCGGGCUUCAACCAUGUCGACCUCGUGGCUGCCGAAAAAGCCGGCAUCAUGGUCGCCAACGUGCCGUCGUAUUCGCCCGAGGCCGUCGCGGAGUUUGCGGUUGCGCUGAUCCAGACGCUGAACCGAAAGACGCACCGCGCGUACAACCGGGCGCGGGAGGGGAACUUUGCGCUGGACGGGCUGAUGGGGCGGACGCUGUUUGGGAAGACGGUCGGGUUUAUCGGGACGGGGAAGAUUGGGGUUGCGACGGCGAGGAUCAUGAAGGGGUUUGGGUGUCGGAUUUUGGCGUACGAUCCGUUUCCGGCGGCGGCGUUUGAGGGGGUUGGGGAGUAUAAGGGUCUUGAUGAGGUUCUUGCUGAGUCGGACGUUAUCAGCUUGCACUGUCCUUUGAUGGAUAGCACGAGGAGGAUUAUUAACGAGGAGGCGAUUGCGAAGAUGAAGCCUGGUGCGAUGUUGAUCAAUACUUCUCGAGGGGGGCUUGUUGAUACGAAAGCUGUGAUUAGGGCUCUCAAGGCGCAGCAUUUGGGGGGUGUUGCGCUGGAUGUGUAUGAAGGUGAAGGAUCGCUGUUCUAUGAUGACCAUUCGGGGGAGAUUAUUCAUGAUGAUGUGUUGAUGCGGUUGAUGACGUUUCACAAUGUGAUUGUGACGGGGCAUCAGGCGUUUUUCACGGAGGAGGCGUUGAUGGAGAUUGCGGAUUGUACGUUGAGGAACAUUGAUGAGUUUGUGGUGACGGGGACGUGUAAGAAUUCGUUGACGAAGGAUUUGAAGCUGGUGAAGAGGGAUUCGUUGCCGGUUCGGGGCGUGUGAUGGGUUUCUGGGUUGUUCAUUCACAGAUGUUAGGUAGAGUGUUGAAGUAUUGGUAGCUUUCAAGUUUGCUUGCUCUUGGUGUUUGAUGUUGAUGUUGAGACUUGGCUAUGAAGAGAGUUGGGAGAACCUUGGAUGACGUUUUCUACCGUAGCUGGCGAAUCGUUAUUCUUUAUAUUGCUCUUGCAAACUGGGGAUAUAAUUGGAAGCAUUUUGCUUUUGUUUCGAAAAUCUGUGGACCUUGUUGCUUCAUUCUUACAACU